CGGUUGCCCAGCCGGCAAGCGCGCUCGCCCCCUCCUUCCCUCGCGUUCCCAAAGCUCGCACCCAGCGUUCUCCCGGCUUCCCUGGGCAAAGCAUGUAGCCCCCCGUCGGGCACCCGGGCGGCCCGCAGCUGACGCCCACCCUCCACCGUCGCGGGUGUGCGUGGGGCUGGCGACCCCGCUGCGGGCCAGAGGCCGAGCCCGGCCGCCGAGAGGCCGCCUCUCUGGGCCUCCCUCCCUCCGUCCCCGUCCCGGUCCCCCUCCUCGGGGCCUUCUAUAUGGGCCACCUUCUCUCGAAGGAGCCGCGUAACCGCCCGAGCCAGAAGAGGCCUCGCUGUUGCAGCUGGUGCCGCCGCCGGCGCCCACUCCUCAGACUGCCCCGCCGGACCCCGGCCAAGGCGCCCCCUCAGGCGGCGGCGCCCCGGAGCCGGGACUGCUUCUUCCGCGGGCCCUGCAUGCUCUGCUUCAUCGUGCACAGCCCCGGCGCGCCCGCCCCCGCCGGCCCAGAGGAGGAGCCGCCGCUCUCGCCGCUGCCGCGGGACGGGGCCUACGCCGCCGCCGCCGCCGCCGCCGCCGCCGCCGCCUCCUCGCAGCACCUGGCGCGGCACUACGCGGCCCUGGCCGCCGAGGACUGCGCCGCCGCCGCCCGCCGCUUCCUGCUCUCUUCGGCCGCCGCCGCCGCCGCCGCCGCCGCCUCGGCUUCGUCGCCCGCCGCCUGUUGUAAAGAGCUGGGGCUGGCCGCGGCCGCCGCCUGGGAGCAGCAGGGCCGGAGCCUCUUCCUGGCCAGCGUGGGGCCCGUGCGCUUCCUGGGGCCUCCCGCCGCCGUGCAGCUCUUCCGGGGGCCGCCGCCGCCGCCGCCGCCGCCCGAGCCCUCCACGCCCCCCGAGAUGGUGUGCAAGCGGAAGGGGGCCGGGGUCCCCGCCUGCACCCCCUGCAAGCAGCCCCGCUGCGGCGGCGGCGGCGGGGGCUGCGGCGGCGGCAGCGGCGGGGGAGGGCCUGCGGGGGGAGGCGCCUCUCCGCCGCGGCCCCCCGACGCCGGCUGCUGCCAGGCCCCGGAGCAGCCCCCGCCGCCGCUCUGCCCCGCGGCCGAAGGCGCCCCCUCCGAGGUCGGUGGAGUCGCUGUCCGAGCCGGGGACACCGCCCCCUCGGCCGCCCAGCAGCGGCCUGAAUGCGGAGACGCGGACUGGCAGGAGCCCCCCGGAAACCCCUGCGACUGGCACAGGGAGCCGCCCCCCGAAACCCCGGACAUCAACCAGCUGCCGCCGUCUAUCCUGCUUAAGAUAUUUUCCAAUUUGUCCCUGGAUGAGCGUUGCCUUUCUGCAUCAUUGGUUUGCAAGUAUUGGCGGGACCUUUGUUUAGAUUUCCAGUUCUGGAAGCAGCUGGAUCUUAGUAGUCGUCAGCAGGUCACUGAUGAAUUAUUGGAAAAAAUUGCAUCAAGAAGUCAGAAUAUAAUUGAAAUCAACAUUUCUGAUUGUCGCAGUAUGUCUGAUACUGGAGUAUGUGUUUUAGCAUUUAAGUGUCCUGGACUCCUUAGGUAUACAGCCUACAGGUGUAAACAGCUUUCUGACACGUCCAUUAUUGCGGUUGCCUCUCACUGUCCUUUACUCCAGAAAGUCCAUGUAGGUAAUCAGGACAAACUUACUGAUGAAGGACUAAAACAGCUGGGCUCAAAAUGCAGAGAACUCAAAGAUAUUCAUUUUGGCCAGUGUUACAAGAUCUCAGAUGAAGGCAUGAUCGUCAUAGCUAAGGGCUGUCUGAAAUUGCAAAGAAUAUACAUGCAGGAGAACAAAUUAGUGACAGAUCAGUCCGUGAAAGCAUUUGCUGAGCACUGUCCUGAACUUCAGUACGUUGGCUUCAUGGGUUGUUCAGUCACCUCUAAAGGCGUCAUUCACCUCACCAAGCUAAGAAACCUUUCCAGCUUGGACCUACGUCAUAUCACUGAACUGGAUAAUGAAACUGUGAUGGAAAUCGUCAAGAGGUGCAAAAAUCUUAGCUCUCUCAAUCUCUGUCUGAACUGGAUCAUAAAUGACAGGUGUGUGGAGGUCAUUGCGAAGGAAGGACAAAACCUGAAAGAGCUGUAUCUGGUGUCCUGUAAAAUCACAGAUUAUGCACUGAUUGCUAUUGGACGCUACAGCAUGACCAUAGAGACCGUGGAUGUUGGAUGGUGUAAAGAAAUCACAGACCAAGGAGCCACCUUGAUUGCACAGAGCAGCAAAUCUCUGCGGUAUUUGGGGCUGAUGCGAUGUGAUAAAGUCAACGAAGUGACGGUGGAGCAGCUGGUGCAGCAGUACCCCCACAUCACCUUCAGCACUGUCCUGCAGGACUGCAAGAGAACCCUGGAGAGAGCCUACCAGAUGGGCUGGACCCCCAACAUGUCGGCCGCCUCCUCCUAGCACCCCUGCCCACCAGGAUUAUGUCCACCAGGACCAUUCAGCAGGCCAGAGGGGAGUUGUAGUUUUGGGGUGGGAGUCUCUCAAAUGGUUUUAACUGUCACCUCUCUGCGUGUGUACCAGAGUGUGUAUAUUUGUGUCUCGUUUGCCUACUGCACAGCAUAAGCCCACAUGUUCCUUGUUCCUGAGUGAGCUGGCCUUUUUUUUUUCUGAACAUUUACAAAUCAUGAAAGCCACAGACAUUUUCAUUUUUAAGUUCGAAGGCUUAUUUCUCUUAAAAAAAAAGAUUUUUAAUAUACAAUCAACAAAUUGGGUGGAUUAUUGUGAGUGUCUAUUUACCGACACUUGGAGGUGCCCAAAAAAGAAGGCCACUUUUUUGAUGGGGUAGAAAUGUGCACUUGCCAUGGGGAGGCCACAGUCAAUGGGUUGAUGCACUCAUUGGAAGCCUGUAAUCCAAGUACAUGUAGUUAUGCUCUCUCUCGCACUCGCUCUCGCUCUCUCUCUCUCUCUCUCUCUCUCUCUUUCUCACAUACACACCCCAGGUCAGCUUCCUCCUGGAUCAUUUCCUGAGGAAGGGGCCUUCCUCCAGGCAGCUGAGGGAAUGUGUCAGCCACUGUGGCUCUGCCUAGCUCUGUGGAGCCACAGGUGACCAACUUGGUAUCUGGUGGGUGACUUGGGGACUUGAGAGAAGAAAGCCUUUUUUAAAUUUUUUAUAUGGAGGCAACAAUCUGAACUCCCCUGGCCAGCUCGCAAAGUUAAUUAUUCAUUAUUCUACAAAUGCAUUCUGUUGAGUAUUAAAUAUUUUAGUUGGUUUUACGUUAACAUUGUGUUAGCUUUUAUUUCAUAGAUAGUAACUGGUUGGGAUGUAUUUUGAUGAUAUUUGGCACUAAUCUUAGCAUUAUCCACUUCGAAGCCACCAACGUAACUACUGGUGUGCAGGUUUAAUAAAAACUACAGAUCAUUUCAUUGUUUUGUUCAUUUUGGGAAUUAUGAAAGUAUAUUUCUGAGAUUCGGGGGUAGUCACAUUAGUCAAAGAUUAAUAAACGAGCUAUAAGUAGACAAUCUUUCUAUUGAAUUUUUGUUCUUUUGCUUUGCUUUGGUUUGGGGACAGGUUGUGUUGGAUAUAUGCAUGUUAUUUUUUGAGUAGUUCUUAUGCUACUGCAAAGAUCUAUUGCUAGCUAGUGUAUGAGUUAAGAAAAAUUAGAAAAAUCUGUUCAUUAAGGUUCCGUUUACAAUUGUCCUUGUUUUAUUGGAUUGUGGGCUUUCAGUUAAGACAAUACCUAUCAGUAAAUGAAUAUAUGUCUUGAUUUCAUACAUAUUUACAAUAAAUUCAUGGUAGGGACUGGGGCUCAAAUAAUCUUUCCUGCAUCUAGAUUUAUAAUCAAGACAGCAGGGAGCCUUUUUAAGUCAAAGAGUGAUUAUCUUUCACUGUAGAACUAGAGAUAAAAUCCUGACUUGUGAAUUUGCUAUUUAUUCUUCCCUGGUGUGGACAUAACUGUUAGUUGGUCUUAAACAGAUAAACUGAUUUGAGUGUUGUUUUAAGUCCCAAUGUUACUAAUAGGAUCCAUCCAUAACAAACCAUAGAUAGCUUUACAUUUGAAUGCCAUGGACAUAUUUGUGAUGACUUUUUUUGGUAAACACCUGUUUCCUUUGAUUACGUCAACAUGUUGUUGAUGUGGCAUUUUGUUUUUGUUUUUGUUUUUAAAUCCCAAUCAGUUAAGAAAAUCUAGUCAGUAAGACUCCGAAUAUUUUUCCCAUAACUAAAUGGAUUCCUAAUUUAAUUUGAAGGGAGUAAAAUUGUAUCCAAAAAAAGCUGUUUGUCAUUAAUCAACUGUGAUUCUUCCUUACAUGUUGAACAACCGUAUCAUUUUCAUAUCCAUUUCUCCACCACCAAGAUAUCUUAUUUCACAAUGUUUUAACUGAUUUUAACCCAAAACUAAUUUAUAAGACAGUAUGUAUAGUAAUAGUAGCUUUUGAGUGAAGAAACAAAAGUUUAAUUUUUAUAUAUGUCACACUAUAUUUUACAUAGUUAAAAAGAGACAAAAGAAGGGAGAGCCACCUGUGACAUACAUGGUACCAUUUCAGUUCAAAGUUGUAAUAAUCUUUGGCGUGCUAUACUUUGGGUGUCAAAUGGUUUCUGAGUGUCUAACAGAUAUUCUUUUUAUGCUGCAUUGUUCGAGUCUGAAGCGCAGCACUGUAACAUGCUUUAGCUGGGGGGUGGGGGUGGGGACUUGCACUUACUCUCCCAAAUGUUGACUAAUUCCAGAAAGCCUGAUGCACCAUAACCUGGAAACGUGCUUUGGUACAUUCGUAGAAAUCUGUAGGAAAUCUCAUAUCCAAGCCUCAAAGCAGAAAUCGCAAAACACAGCCAGGAAAAGCAUCCCUCCCCCCACCCCCCACCCGCCCCUGUCCCCGGGUGAGCCUGCGUUGGUUGUUGAAUGUGCUCUCAUUAGAUGCUUUGAAAUGAGGCUUUCAAUAAAUUUCUGGGCAAUAUAGUUUCCUUUUUUUUUUAAGCUUAGAAUGUCAUAAAUACAUGUGAACACAUUUAAUGCAGGGCUUUUUAUCCUCUCCAAAAUGUCAACAGUAUUUUCAGAAUAAAGACUAUGAAAUAUAUUGCUGUAGUGGAAAAUUCUGGUCCUUUGUCUUUAAUGUCUUUUUGAGUGGAUAAAGAAAAUUCACCCGGUUUGUAGUUUCUAUAUUUCCGUGAAUCUUUUGACCUUGCAAUGGAUUGCAAUAAAAGAGAAA